AUGGAACGUGCUAACAACGAAGCGGUGGUGCAGGGUAGGGUAAGUGUUUGUCUUCCCGUGCACGUUGAGCCUAUAAGAGGUGCAUAUAACGAAGGCCACGUGGCAGGGCUGGAGAGCAAGGGAAUAGAGGCAAGAAGAGUAGGAGGGUCGAAUGAAGGAGAUGAGCAAAUGGGGGAGAGAGGGACUGAGGAAGGGAGUGAGAAAGGGAGUGUGAGCAGGGAAGAGGGGGCAGGGGGAGAAGCAGGGGAAGGGAGGCAUAUAACAGAGGAGGGGAGGGAGCAGAGAGGAGAUGGUGUAACAGGCAUGGUAGCAGCGGGCACAGUGGUCGGUACGGAGACAGCUACGGUGGCAGGUACGGUGGCAGGUACGGUGGCAGGUACGGUGGCAGGGGCGGUGGGAGGCACAGUUACAUACCCAGUGACAGGAAUGGUAGCAGCAGGCACAGUAGCUGAAGGCACACCGGCAGGUGCAGGGGUAAGAAGAGCGGGGCAGGUGAGAGUCGAGGAGGGGAUGAGACGGCCGGAAUGGGUGGGUGAACGAGAAGGGCUGAGGAGGAAGAGAGGGGGAGCAGCAAAAACAGCUGUGACAGGUAGAGUUGCUGCUGUUGGUGGUGGUGGUGGUGCUGCUUUUACUAUCAUUCCGAGAUCAGCUUUCUCAAAAUCUGCUUCCUCCAAAUCGGGCCGUUUCAAAUCGGCUGGUUCAAAAGCAGCAGCAGCAGCAGCGGUUAUGUCUAAAACGGGGAUAUCAGGGGCAGAGAAGCGGGAGCAUAGGAGAACGAGCAAGGCAGAGAGGAGAGCAGCCAGGGAAGCAGCAGCCAACGCAUCAGCACCCACCCGAGCCGAGAUAAUCGAAGUGGGAAAAGCAGGAAUGGCGGUUAAAGACCUAGCGGGUCUUCUAGCGGUCGGCGAGGGGGAUAUAGUGUGCGCACUGUUCAUGAAGGGCGUUAUAACGAACGUGAAUCAGGUUCUUAACGAGGAUAUGGUGGCGGUGGUGUGCGGGGAGUAUGGGGUGGAGGUGCUGGGACCUCAGGAGGGCGGCGUGGAGGAAAGUGCGAGGAAGGUUCGUGAGUUUGUGGGGGAGGAGGAUCGGGAGCAUCUGGUGCCGCGUCCGCCGGUUGUGACUGUGAUGGGACACGUGGACCAUGGCAAGACGUCACUACUAGACUACAUUCGCCACACCAAGGUGGCAGCAGGGGAGGCAGGCGGGAUCACUCAGGCCAUCGGCGCUUACCGCGUGCACGUGCCCUUUGCUGCUCUUGCUGCUGCUGAUAGCAAUUGUGCUGAGGGCGACGGUGUUGUUGGUGAUGCUGAUGCUGCUGCUGCUGCUGAUGCUGCUGAUGCUUCUGCUGCUGCAGCUGAGAGGGCUGCUGCUGAGACUUGUGUUUUUCUUGACACUCCGGGGCAUGAGGCAUUCAGUGCAAUGAGAGCAAGGGGAGCGAGGGUGAUGGACAUAGCAGUGGUGGUGGUACGAUGGGGUCAUGCCAUUCAGACCACAAAGACCAUCUCACACGCCCACACCCCUCCCUCUCUCCCCCCCCUCCCUUUCUCCCCCCUCCCCCACACUCUUCCGUUGCCCGUGCAGGCAUUCAGUGCCAUGCGCGCCCGGGGUGCACGUGUGACAGACAUAGCAGUGGUGGUGGUGGCAGCAGACGAUGGGGUCAUGCCCCAGACCACAGAAGCCAUAGCCCAUGCGCGCGCUGCCAACGUGCCCAUGCUUAUCGCAAUCAAUAAGAUUGAUCGGGAGGGAGCGAGUGUGGAGAGGGUGAAGCAGCAGCUGGGGCAAGCAGGGGUGUUGCCAGAGGAAUGGGGAGGGGACACACCUAUGGUGCCGGUGAGUGCCAAGACAGGAGAGGGCGUGGAUCAGCUGCUAGAGACGAUCAUGCUGCUGGCCGAGAUUCAGGAGCUGCGUGCGAACCCGAAUAGGCCGGCAGUGGGGACGGUGAUAGAGGCACGGCUGGACCGGCACAGAGGGCCCGUGGCAACGCUGCUGGUGCAGAACGGAACAUUGAAGCUGGGAGAUGUGGUGCUUUGCGGGGAGGCAUAUGGGAAGACUCUGCAGGUGGAGGGUCUAUCCCGAGUGCAGAUCGACGACACGGGAAAGAAGACUAAAGAAGCAGCCCCAUCCACAGCAGUGCAAGUGGAGGGGCUCUCUUGUGUACUGGUGGCUGGCUGGGGACGAGUUCGAGCCCUGGUGAGUGACUGUGGGACCAAGGCUAAAGAAGCACCCCCAUCCAUGGCAGUACAAGUGGAGGGGCUGUCCCGUGUGCCGGUGGCAGGGGACCAGUUCCACGUGCUCCCGUGCAUUGAUGCAGCCGAGGAAAUUGCAUACCUAUCCCCUCCCCUCCCUCUCUUCCAGAUUCGAGCGCUGGUGCGCGACAGUGGGAGCAGAAGACUUUUGAGUCGACUCAAAAGUCAACUCGUCAGUGGGAGCAGAAGACUUUUGAGUCGACUCAAAAGUCUCUUCGAGCGCUGCCAGGGGAAGUUCAUGCCUGCCUAUCACCCUCCCCCUCUCCCUCUCCUGCAGGUUAGAGCCCUGGUGAACGACAGGGGAAGCAAGUCCAAGGAAGCAGGGCCGUUAGCAGCAGUGCAGGUGGAAGGACUCUCCCGCGUUCCCGUGGCAGGGGACCAGUUUCAUGGAACAGCAGCACCCCCAUCCACUGCAGUGCAAGUGGAGGGACUCUCCCGUGUUCCAGUGGCAGGGGACGAGUUUCAUGUGCUGCCGUGCAUCGAUGCAGCCAGUAUUGUUCAUGCGCACCUCCCGCUCUCCCCCACUCCACCCAACUCCUCCCCUCUCCUCCAGGUACGAGCCUUGGUAGAUGACAAAGGGAAGAAGACUAAGGCAGCAGGGCCAUCUAUGGCAGUGCAGGUGGAGGGGCUCUCCCGUGUUCCAGUGGCAGGGGAUGAGUUUCACGUGCUGCUGUGCAUUGAUGCAGCCAGGGCCAUGGCUGAGGAAGCUGCUGAAAAAUCGCGAACGGCUCGGCUGGCAGCAAUGCAGGGAGAGGCAAAAGGGUCAGUGGAGGCGAUCAGAGAGGCGUUGGGGAGUCUGCCUCAGGACACCGUGUCACUGCGCUUCCUGCUGCAGGCCCCUGGUGACGUGUCAAGCAGUGACGUUGACCUGGCAGCGUCCAGCUCAGCAGUUGUGCUGGCAUUCAAUGUGGCCGUGUCGCCAGCUGUCGCAGCAGCGGCAGAGAUGAGAGGAGUGCGAGUGAGGCAGCACCGGGUGAUUUACGAUGUGGUGGAGGAGGUUCGGGCGAUCAUGGAGGGGCUGCUUCACACUGUAGAGGAGACUUCGUUCCUCGGCCGGGCAGAAGUGCGGGCAGUUUUCGGCACGGGCAGCAUGCGGGUGGCAGGAGUUAUGGUUACCGAGGGGCGGCUGCAAAAAGGAUGCAGCGUAGUGGUGAGGCGUGGAGGUGGGAAGAAUGGGGUUGCUAUGGCAAUGGUGACUGAACAAGAGAAAGGCAAGAGCAUGAACGGCAAGAGGGCGAAGGCGGGCGAAGGCUUGGGUUCAAGGCAGCAGCACUUGGAGGGUCGCUGGGUGCAUUCAGGGCAGGUGACGUCUCUUCGGCGGGUGAAGGAGCAUGUGGGGGAGGUGAUAUCUGGGCUGGAGUGCGGCGUGGGUGUGGAGGGCUUUAACGGGUGGCAGCAAGGUGACUAUAUCGAAGCCUAUGAGGUGACGCACAGGGCUCGGACGCUGGAGGAUGCAUCCAAAGAAAUCGCACGAGUUGUGGAAGGCAAAAGAGGGACUCUGGGAAUAGAUUUGUCCUAG